AUGGAUGUCUACUUGAUGAUUUGCUGUCACAAGACAACUGUCUUCACUGAGGCCGAAGAGACAACAACUGUGCAUGAGUUGGAAGAGGUGGUGGAGAGAAUACUGAAGAGGCCACCAGAGGAGCAGCAGCUCUACAAACACGACCAGCUGCUGGGUGGUGAUCAUAGGACUUUGCCAGACUGCGACUUAAGCAGCUGAAGUUGCUGUCCUCAUUUUCCUGCCAUAGUGGGUUUGGCUUUAUUCAGUCCUGGCAAUGGUACCUUUGAACUGUUGUGUAUUGACCUCUUCUCAAGCACCCUAUAACUCCCUGAUGUUAUGAGGUCACAGGAGUCUGGUAGCAGCUUUAGUGAGCAAGCCUUGUGUUAA